GUCACCAAAUGCAGGGAGAAGGGCAGAGGAUGAUUGGAGAGGAGGGCUCGGUUUUCUUUCAUCCAUUCAAGCAGUGUAUAUGAUAGUGACUGCAUUAUAGAAGAUGAUGCAUUACUAUGUUGACUAAACCAACUCAAAAUCCUUUUUUUUAUUCUCAUCAACUCAUUCUAAGUCCUUGUCUCCUUGGGCUUGGGGGCACCCAAUCCUUUCCCUUAUUCCCAUCAACUGAUGCCCAGUCCUUGUCUCCUUGGGGUUGGGAACUGGCUCACUUUUUUUUUCUUCUAAAUCAACUAAACCCACCCAAUUUCUUUCCCUUAUUCUCAUCAAUUCAUGCCUUUUUCUUUGCCUCCUUGGGUUGAGGGUUCACUUUUUCUUUGGAUCCCUCAAUUUCCUACUGGUAUACAAGUGUAGUAGAACACCAACCUAUCACCAGUGUGUGUGUGUGUGAACUGUGAACUGUGAACAUUCACAUACAAAGGCACAUGCUGACAUGCAUGAAACACUAAUUGAUUCAUCUUAUAUACACGCGUGUUUAUGUGUGUUCUGAUGUGGGUUUUGCAUUCCUGGGUUUGGAGCAGAAAGUUGUUUCUGAAGUCAGGAGUCUAAGGGACAGAGUUGGAGCUUUCUUAAUCACAGAUGGUAGCCAAGGAUGAAAACCACACUUUGAGUGUCGGUCAGGUCCUGUAGUUCUAGAGGCGCGAAAGAGGAAAGCUUGUGAUAUCCUUGUUCAUGUUCAUUUGAGGGUUUCCUUCAGGGAAUAUUUUUGAAGGUCAAGGAGCAUGAAAUACUUUUGAGAUAACAAACAUUACAUGAUAUGUCAUGACAUUUAUUAGGGAAAGAAACAUACAGAAAAAUGAAGUUCAUGAAGAUUGGGAACAGACCAGAUAUCUUCUACACAGAAGAGGCUAGAAGGUCUGUAUCUUCAGAUGUACCCAGUGACCUCAUUAUACAAAUCAACAACACUACGUAUCUUCUUCAUAAGUAUCCACUUCUUCCCAAGUGUGGGCUCUUGCAACAACUUAGUUCUGAUGCUGGCAAUCCUAGCCAAGUCCCACUGGAGCUGCAUGAUAUUCCUGGAGAAGAUGAGGCUUUUGAGCUAUGUGCCAAAUUCUGUUAUGGAAUUACAAUUAACCUGAGUGCUCAUAACUUUGUGCCUGCAUUCUGUGCUGCAAAUUUCCUUGGGAUGACUGAAUCAGUUGAGAAGGGAAAUUUUGUCUUGAAACUUGAAAUCUUCUUCAAGUCGUGCAUCCUUGAAGGUUGGAAGGACUCUAUUGUCACUCUACAGACCACUGAAAAGCUGUUUGAGUGGUCUGAAAAUCUUGGACUCAUUAGACAUUGCAUAAACUCAAUUGUUGAGAAAAUUCUUAUGCAACCCUCAAAGGUUACAUGGUCGUACACUUACACCAGACCGGGAUACACGGGAAAACAUCACCACUCUGCCCCAAAGGAUUGGUGGACAGAAGACAUAUCCAACCUUGACAUAGACCUUUUUCGUACUAUAAUUUCUGCCAUCAGAUCAACAAAGUUGCUCUCACCACAGCUUAUCGGUGAAGCUUUGCAUGUCUAUGCAUGUCGAUGGCUACCAGACACACCGCAGAGCAGUGCCCCAGAGACUUCAGUAUCUCAAACUGAAUCAGCGGUGGAGAAGCAUAAGCAGAUACUAGAGACUAUUGUGAACUUGAUUCCAUCUGAUCGAGGUUCAGUAUCAUUUGGUUUCUUAUUAAGGCUCCUCAGCAAGGGAAAGAUUCUUGGGGUGUCUACUUCAACAAAGACUCAACUCAUAAGGAGAUGUGGUCAGCAGUUAAUGGAGGCAACAGUUAAGGAUCUGCUCUUUCCUUCACACUCAUCUUCUGAUCGGCAUUUCUAUGAGACCGACUUGGUAUUGACAGUAUUGGAAAGUUUCUUGGUGCUAUGGCGAAGACAAGCCUCUCCAGAAGAUGGUGAGUCUCUAAGGGUGAUCAGGAAAGUGGCACAGCUUAUCGAUUCUUACCUCCAGGUCGUUGCAAGAGAUGUCAACAUGCCAGCAUUGAAGAUAGUCACUCUUGCAGAAUCCUUACCAGAGAUUGCCCGGCCAAAGCACGAUGACUUGUACAGAGCAAUUAACAUUUAUCUCAAGGAGCACCCAGAUCUAAGCAAGGCAGAGAAGAAGCGUCUCUGCCGGAUUCUAGACUGCCGGAAAUUGUCCCCUGAAGUAUGUGCACAUGCAAUAAGAAACGAACGGCUGCCAUUGAGAACUGUUGUGCAAGUCCUGUACUACGAACAAGAAAGAGGUGCCGGGCCAACACCUCGUAACCCACCACCAGACGAGAACCCUGAAGGAGAGCAUCCACAAUCAGUUACCAGGGGCGACAAUCAUGGUAAAUCAGGGCUGGAGGAACAAAUUGGUGGUGUUGAGAAUGUUGGGAAGCCAACAAGUCCAAACUUAGUGGAAAGAGUUCAUCGCAGAACCAUCAAAUCAGAUGGAAGGCAGCAGCUGGAGUCGGAAAGGAAGGUGGGGAUGGGGAAGGUAAGGGAGACUGGAGAGGAAGGGAUGUCUGGAAGCCUGUCGGAGCCUAACAAGACCAAAGAAAGGAUAAGUAAAUCAGAUCUUAGCCAUAAAAGAGGUGGGAACAGAUAGUUUUAUAAGCUAGAGAGCAUUUCAUCUGUUGCUGCAUUUCCUUAUCUUCUGUUCUAAAUUUUUCAAUAUAAGGUAAAUAAUAUUAUUAUAUAUUCACCCUGGACUGUAAUCCAAUUUGUUGAACAGGAACCAAAACUAUAUGUAGAGAAAUUUUAAAUAUAGUGCUUCAAUGCAUAUUUGAUUAAUUACUUGCACUUCCUACCA